AUGGUCAACUUUGAGGAAGCAUCGAAAGCGCUACCGACGAACAUGCCUAGCGCGGAUGGCAAUAUUCUGCAAGAUGCCGCAGCCGCGACACAAAAGGUCGAAAGAACACCGUCGAUCAGCAGUCGGCCUCAAAGGCCAGGCCUUCCACGAUUUACAACCAGCAAGGAAAACGUUCUCGCGCAGUUCUUCAUUGGUGCUAUCGAUCAAGGAACCACCAGUUCCCGAUUCAUCAUUUUUGAUGGCACCGGAGUACCGGUCGCAAGCCAUCAGCAUGAGUUCACGCAACACUACCCCCAAUCAGGCUGGCACGAACACGACCCGAUCGAGCUUGUGAAGAGCGUGCAAGCAUGCAUCAAAAGAGGUACUGCAUCGUUCAUCGAGCAGGGCUACGAUAUCGAUGAUAUCAGAGCUGUGGGCAUCACGAACCAGCGAGAAACGGUCUUGGUGUGGGAUGUUGAGACUGGCCAGCCACUGCACAAUGCAAUCGCGUGGCCCGACACUCGUACGAAAGGACUUGUCAGAGACCUGAAAGAGAAGGAGAAGGCAGAGGGGCUUAACUUGUCGGGGAUGACGGGUAUGCCACUAUCCACAUACCCUUCGGCGGUCAAGUUGGUGUGGUUGCUUCAGAAUGUGCCAAAGGUGAAAGAGGCAUACGAUGAGGGUCGUCUGGCAUUCGGAACUGUUGACACUUGGUUACUCUACAACCUCAACGGCAAGGACAAGCGCUACUUUGUCACGGACAGCACGAACGCUUCGAGAACCAUGUUCAUGAAUCUACACACUGUCAAGUAUGACGAGAAGUUGCUCGAGUUCUUCGAUUUGGACAUCAAUAAACUGCACCUGGCCCGCAUCGUCCCGUCUUCUGAUCCGGAGGCAUACGGCAGGCUUGCGACCGGACCGCUCGGUGGACUCAAGAUCGCAGGGUGUCUAGGUGACCAGUCUGCGGCAUUGGUCGGACAGCAAGGCUUCACACCUGGAAGCGCAAAGAACACAUACGGUACAGGUUGUUUCUUGCUGUACAAUGUUGGUGAGAAGCCAGUCAUAUCUACGCACGGUCUGCUGGCUACCAUUGCAUACGACUUUGGCGGCAAUCGAAAGCCAGUCUAUGCACUGGAGGGUUCAAUCGCCGUGGCAGGAUCUGGUGUCAAGUUCCUCAUGAACAACAUGGGCUUCAUUACCCACUCCCACAAAAUCUCGGACUUGGCAGCUUCCGUCGAUGACAACGGAGGCCUCGUCUUCGUGACUGCAUUCUCCGGUCUCUUCGCUCCCUACUGGAUUGACGACGCCAAGGGCACAAUCUUCGGUAUCACCCAGCACACGCAGCGAGGCCACAUCGCACGAGCAACCCUGGAGGCAACCUGCUUCCAGACCAAGGCCAUUCUCAACGCCAUGGAGAAAGACAGUGGCCACGCCCUUGGCGACUUGGCUGUGGACGGUGGCAUGUCGAACUCCGACCUGUGCAUGCAAACCCAGGCCAACAUUAUCGGCAUCCCAGUUAACCGACCUGCUAUGCGCGAGACGACUGCGCUCGGUGCGGCUAUCGCGGCAGGCUUCGCUGUUGAUAUCUGGAAGGAGUUUAAUGAGUUGAAGGCAAUCAACCAGAAGGAUCGUGCUGUAUUUGAUCCUGAUAUCACGCCCGAGCAGUCGCAGAAGAUGUACAAGAAGUGGUCGCGUGCUGUGGAGAUGUGCCGUGGAUGGCUCGACCCAGAGGAAGGUGGUGAGGACUUCUAG